UACCAUGUAAUAUUUAUAAAUGUAUGUAUAUAUGUAUUCUACCAUGCAUAAAUAGGACAAGCUCUUAAUUAGUAAUAAACAUUCAAGAAAGAAGCAAAAAAUGCAAACACAACACUUCUUGUUCCUGUCUCUUCUCUAUCUGUCAUGGGCUUUCCUAAUCUCAUCGACGCAGCCUCCGACACAGCCACCUACACAGCCUCCAUCACACCCACCGUCUCAGCCUCCAUCACAGCCACCUUCACAGCCUCCAUCACAGCCUCCAUCACAGCCUCCAGCGCAGUCUCCAUCACAACAAGCCAAAAUCGCUUGUAAAUCCACUCCAUACCCGAAGCUCUGCCGCACAAUCCUCUCCGCCUUCAAAUUCUCACCGUCCGAUCCAUACCGUUACGGUAAGUUCACACUCAAGCAAUGCCUCAAACAAGCGCGUCGCCUUUCCAAAGUCAUCAACCGUUUCGCCCAGCGCGUGCAGAAAGACCCCGGAGCGUCCACGGCGGAAGAGGUCAGCGCGGUGGCUGACUGCGGCGACCUGGCGGAGCUUAACGUUGACUACCUUGAAACGGUCUCCGAUGAGCUGAAAGCAGCGGAGCUCAUGACGGAGGCCCUCGUUGAUCGUGUUUCGAGUCUUCUUGGUGGCGUCGUGACCAACCAGCAGACGUGUCUCGACGGUCUUGAGGACGCUAAGAGCGCGUUUGCGGAGGUGAUUGGAUCGCCGUUGGGGAAUGUCACGCAGCUCUACAGUGUAUCACUGGGGCUUGUGAGUCACGCGCUUAGCCGUAAUCUGAAGCGGUAUAAAGGAUCCAAGGGGAAGAUCUUUGGUGGUGGUAAAAAAGCUGUGCGUGAACCGCUCGAGACUUUGAUUAAGGUUUUACGUAAAACAUGCGACAAGAGCAAGGACUGUAGGAAUGAUAGGAAAUUAGGUGAGCUAGGGGAAACGAGCGGUGGCUCGAUCCUCGUAAGAGAAGCAGUGAUCGUUGGUCCAUACGAAACCGAUAACUUCACUACCAUAACUGAGGCCGUCGCUGCCGCACCUAAUCACACAUUCCCGGAGGAAGGCUAUUUCGUCAUCUAUGCAAGGGCAGGUCUAUACGAGGAAUAUAUUGUCAUUUCAAAUAAGAAAAGGAACAUAAUGCUUAUUGGAGAUGGAAUCAAUAAAACCAUCAUUUCUGGGAACCACAGUUUUAUUGAUGGCUGGACUACUUAUAAUUCUUCAACCUUUGCGGUGGUCGGAGACCGAUUUGUUGCAGUUGAUGUGACAUUCAGAAACACAGCUGGACCGGAAAAGCACCAGGCCGUGGCCGUGAGAAAUAAUGCUGAUGGAUCGACAUUUUAUCGGUGUAGUUUUGAAGGCUAUCAAGAUACUCUCUACGUCCAUUCUUUAAGACAGUUUUACCGUGAAUGUGAUAUCUACGGUACCAUAGAUUUUAUUUUCGGAAAUGCAGCUGCAGUAUUUCAAAACUGCAAUAUAUAUGCUCGCAAACCGAUGGUACACCAGAAAAAUGCAGUGACAGCCCAUGGAAGAACCGACCCAAACCAAAAAACCGGAAUAUCCAUAAUCAAUUGUACAAUUGGAGCUGCUCCGGACCUAGCGGCUGACCCCAACCCGGCCAUGACAUUUCUUGGGCGGCCAUGGAAGCCUUACUCAAGAACGGUAUACAUCCAAUCCUACAUUAGUGAUGCUAUCCAACCUGACGGAUGGCUAGAAUGGAAUGGUACAACCGGGCUGGAUACGAUCGCAUAUGGUGAAUAUGACAACUUUGGACCAGGGGCUAAUACAAGCAAGAGGGUCCAGUGGUCAGGUUAUAGCCUAUUAAACUUGGCACAAGCCAUGAACUUCACCGUCUACAAUUUCACUUUGGGAGACACUUGGUUGCCUCAGACCGAUAUUCCCUUCUACGGCGGUUUGCUUCACACAUAAUGAAAAUGUAGUACGGUGUUAUAUUCAUCCUGCCUCAUUUAAAUUUUAACUAGAUUAUGAC